AUGUUGCUCUCUCGCCACGGUCUUCUGGCCCCCUUGCUUGUUUUACUGCUUCUGGUAGGAAACGCGGUAGCCGAUGACGCAUGGACCAGAGCCCGCACUGCGCUCCAGAUCCUUCAGGGCUGGUAUAACCCCCAAAGUGGCAUUUGGGACACUUGUGGUUGGUGGGAUGGCGCGAACUGUAUGAAUACCAUUGCAGAUUUAGCUGCCCUGGACCCAUCAGUGAUGGAUACGGCGACAUAUGUCUUCAAUACCACAUUCCACGUGGGGCCGGUGUCCAAUCCGAGCCCAGGACCUGAAAAGAAAACCGUUUUUACUCGCGACAACCAACCAUCGACUUCGGUCAACGCGAGCAAGUGGCUCGAUCAGGCAUAUGAUGAUGAUGCAUGGUGGGCCCUUGCAUGGAUUGCUGCUUACGAUGUCACCAAUAAGGGGACAUACUUGGAGCUGGCUGAGGGAAUUUUUGAGAGCUUGGCGGACGCAUGGGGAACCAACUGUGGUGGUGGUGGUCUUCCUUGGAGUCCGAACAGCACAUACGUCAAUGCAAUAACAAACGAACUCUUUCUCUCCGUCGCAGCACACCUUGCAAACCGAGUCCCUGAGCGAAAGGAAUAUUAUGUCGGCUGGGCAGAGAAGGAAUGGGAGUGGUUCUUCGCCCAAGGCUUCAUUGGUACAAACGGCACCAUCAACGACGGCCUUUUGGAAAACUGCCAGAAUAACGGAGCCACUCUAUGGUCGUAUAACCAAGGAGUUAUCCUCGGCGGAUUAGUCGAAUUGAACAGAGCGGCACCCAAUGAUACACAUAUAUCUUGGGCCAACAAGAUUGCAGUAGCAGCCAUUGCAACAUUAGCAGAUAAUAUCAAUGUUAUCCACGAUUUCUGCGAGCCACAGUGCCUUCCGGAUGGCACGCAGUUCAAGGGAAUAUUCAUUCGCAACUUGCGGAUCUUGCAGAAAGCAUCCCCGAAUGAUAUUUACCGGAAGGUGAUUAGCAGCUGUGCGACCAGUAUCUGGAAUAAUGAUCGCAAUGCAAAGGGACAGUUCGGCGUCAAUUGGGCUGGGCCUAUCCAGGGAGUGGUGGAUGCAUCCACGCAUAGCUCGGCUCUUGAUGCACUGGUCGCAGCUGUUGCUGCAUUGGUUAACUAG